AUGGCAGAAUUAUACAAUCUCAGUCAGAACUAAUAAAGAGACAACUUUAAUCAGUAAAAUUAAUACGAAUCCCAAUCCACAGCCAUUACUUUUUCCUAAUUCAGUCAGAAUGACAGCAACUCUAAGUUCCUCAAAGUGGCUGAGGUCGAUGUUCAUAGGAAGCGAGAGGAAUUUGCAAUAUCUCUGAGAUAGAAAAACAAGAAUGCAAAACUGUCCAAAGUUAGGGCCAAGAUCACCUCCAAAAACAAGUCCCCAUACAAACCUGAAUAAGAUAGUUUCGGUAGUCAUCCUGCUUUGGGAGAUAUGAGUCUUUCACCAGAAGAUGUUUUGGCCAAAGGUCUCGAGCUUCUUAUGAACUAAAGCUUAACUGAGCAUGAUCAAAUAUUGAUUGCUAGGAGGAUGAGAAGGGCAGUAAACAGUGAUGAGCUAUUCGGAGAGCGAUAGGAGGCUAUCAUCUAUUAUUCAACACUCUCCCGCAAUGAUGGACGAGAAUUCAGUAAUCUGCUUGACAUUUUACAAUUCUCAACAAAUCAUUUAUUACUGAAAGAAAUCAGCUGGCUUUUGAUAAACUUAUGCAUUCAAAACAAAUAAGUUGCUGAUAUUCUAGAGCCCUUUGUUAAUCUACUACCCAAGACUAUUAAUUCAAUAUUCCAGAUUAACGAGAUACUCUCAGCAUUAAUGAAAGAGUUUAAAUUAUCUGAUUCCAAAGAUGCUAAUUUAAAGCAGGAAAUAGAUUGCUUUUAGAGAGUUUAUGAGUAAGAACUUUGGUAUCUCAGUAAUUAUACCCACAACAAUUAAGAAUUACUGCAUUAGUUGAUUGUAGAUUACAAACUCUUUGAGCUAAUUACAACAAAUAUCAUGAUCCUAGAUAACAUUAAACUAGACACCUGGUUUUGCAUUUAGAAUUUACUAAAGGACAUUACAUAAGAAUUUAAGCAAGAGUGGUUUGAUGACCUUAAAAAUUUUUUGAGUUCAACAGAUGCUUACCUAUUGCAGCUAUCAGAGAUCUAAUCUAUUGUAAUUUUCUAUCCUUGUUUGUUUAAACUUCUUAUAUAGCCUAAUGAAUAGAGAAGCUACAUAAUGAUCGGUUUCUUGAGGAGGAUUACUGAGUAAUGUGAUGAUAACAUAAUUUACUUGAUGGAUCAUACACCCCUGCAGAGUAUCAUUAUUGAAGGUCUAGUCCAGCAUGAGGACUAAUGUAUGUUUGCGGAAUGUCUCAUAAUUCUCGGCAAUGUCCUUUCGUGCGACGACACGAGCUACUCAGACCAAUUCUACAAAAACAAAAUUGUUACAAUUCUAAGAGAUGCUUGGCAAUUCCAUGAAAAUAAUACUUUGCUAAACAAGGAUUUUUGCUGGAUCUUCUCCAACUUGAUCAUCACUUAUAAUGUUAAAAUCACUAAUGAGAUAUUAGAUAACAACUUCCUGAGUAGUAAGAUACUCGAAGUCCUUAUGAGUUUUAACUAACUUGAGAGCAAGGAAGCUAGCUAUAUUUUCCAUAAUAUGGUUCUAGGCGGGCAAGGAAUUGAAAUAAUUGAUAGACUUGUGUACUAAAAAGAUAUCUUAGACUAUUUCUAUCAAUUAAUCAAAGUUGAAAGAAAUCUUCCCCCCAAAAUUUUAAUGGUAGUUUUAAACACCCUAAGGAAAAUGUUUGAACUGGAUGAUUUGAAUGGAGGUAAAUAGUACUACAACAUAUUUGAAUAGCUUGGAGGUGUUGAUGAACUUGAAAGUCAGUAGUAUAAUCCUAAUUAGGAGAUUUAUUCGAUGGUCUCAGACAUACUUGUCAGAUUCGGAAAUGGAGAGCAUGUGGAAAAUCAAAGAAUUUAAGAGAUUAAUGGUUCUCAUUAGUAAAACGGCUUCAAUGGCUAUAGUAACCACACUGAUACUCUAGUCAAUGGAGAAGGAUAAUUAGGAAAUUGCUAUGAAUAGCAAGAACACUAGAUUAAUCAUUAACAGAAAGGUUUUGUGAUUUGA